UCCCAGUGGUUUCCAGUCGCGUCGCGCGCGCUGCCUGUCUGCCUGUCGGAUCAGCUGAGCAGCGCUCGGCUCUCAGAGAAGAAGCAGACGCUGUUCAGUCCCUCCACUCUCUGUUGGGAGCAGAGGAUCUGAUUUUUAUUCCUUUUCCACCUCAAAGUGUAUCACAGCUGCGGUUUGCUGGACGGGAUGCUGGAGGUGGCCGCUUUGCCAAAAUGAACUCAGACUGCACCCAGCCUUCAGUCGCUCCAAAGCCAAGAUUUGUUUGUCACGCCAGCCUGAAGUUGCCUUCCCCUCUCCUGUCUGCAGCCAGGGGUCCUAAACCAUCUGUCGCCCCAAAACCUAAAGUCACGCUGCUGCUAAAUGGCAACCAGGGAGGGUUCAGUAAUGGCGGUGAGGUGACUUUUAAUGGUGGGGUUGAUGAAGAGUGUGAGACACAGAAUGGCCUAAACAAAGGAGUUAUGACUGCUUUGCCUGGAGAGAAACAAUUAAACGGCAAUGCCCUGGAGUCGCCAAACACUGGUUUAAAGCUGGUGUCAAAGUGGUCACCGGAAAGACAGGCGACGAACGAAGAAGAUGAGAAAGAUGCUGUUCAGAAAAUGGACGAGGACUGGAGAUUAACAGACAGCACCCUGACGGAGGAAGGUGACUCCCUGAAAAUAACCCUGUGGGUUAGUGAUGACAGGCUCACAGCUGACUCCGAGGAGAUACUUGAUACGGAUGUGACGGAGGACAUGGAUGCCGAGGUCUGUGAUGCGGGCGAGGCGCUGGCUGACACAGAAGGCCUCUCAGUGGGAGACAUUUCUGUUAAUAGCACUGAUGAGGAGGCUCAGUGGUAUUUAACUGCCAAUCAAGGUGCAAAGAAGGAUGAUGGAAGCAUGGCAGAUGACUUAUCAGAGUCUUACAUGGAUGAAUUGGGGAUCCUUGUCAAAGGAACAACGGACGCUGAUGGCAAGCAUWUUUUUUUAACAGCAAAAGAAGAUAAAAACACGGGAAGGGGUGAGGAUCAACAGGACAAUUGUUUUUAUGACUUCAUCCCAGAUAAGCAGAAACAGGAUGCAACGAUGAGACAUUUGGCUAACCCUAACCCUCAUGAACCCUUUURCAUUUGUUCAGAGGACAUUAUUAAYGGCGAUCUGAGGCUAGAGAGGACGCUAUCAGUUCUGACUGGGAAAUACGAGGGAACGGAAGAAAAUGAACAAAUAGAGGACAGCRUUGACUUUGGUAGCAUUGAUGAAAAUGGAAGCGAUGAAAACCGUGAAAACAAAACAAGGACAAGUCAGAAAAGGCUGUCUGAUCAAACUGAGAAAGAAAAAACUCAUGAAUCGGAGGAUGUGUUGAACCAUUUGGACUGCGAGCCAAGAUUCAAACAGGUAACGAUCACAGUGCCAAUAGACACCGACUCUUCCCUGACGUCAUCCCUCUCUGAGAGCCAGCUGCUGUCCCCGAAUGGCUCUGAUGUCUUCAGGGAUGAGGACGACCUUGAGGGUUGCCUUGUGCCUUUUCUGGACGAGACCACCGACACCGAGCACGACAUCAGCGAGGAGCAUGUUUAUGACGAGCCGGGGAAAACCUCACGUGCYGGGAAUGUUUUUCCUUUCAGCAGCAAGCCUGUUGGGAUUCGAUCACACUCUAUGUCACACCGGAUUACCAACUCUGUGGAGGAUAGGGGAGUGCAGUAUUUGCAGAAGACCUACAUGAGUGGCUUUGGACAACCUGCAUUAAGCAGCAGCCCCAUGCUGAGCUCAACGCGACACAGGAGCUACUCCAAACCGCAGUAUUUGUCUCUGUAUCCCCGCUCCUUCUCCAUGGAGGGCCAGGACACUCCACUGUGUGUUUACAGGGAUGGAUCACAGAGGAACAAAGACGCCAUGUUCUCCUCUGAAAGCUUCUCCAGGUGCUCUCCUCUGUUGUCAAGUGCUUUGUCCACACCUACAUCUCUGGUGGACAUCCCUCCUCCAUUUGAGCUGUCCUACAUCACCAAGAAGCCUAUCACAAAGAGUUCUCCCUCACUAUUCACCGGGGUAGACUUGGCAGAGAAAAACAGGAAAAAGAAGUCCUCUAUAAAACGCUUCCUGAUGCUUAAGUUUGGGUGGAAAACAGAACACAAGCCAGUAGUAGAAGGAAAAUCACCCUCUUUGAAGUCUUCAGCUGAGUCCAGCAGUCGCUCACCCAACAGACGGCUGGAUUUGGACAGACAGAGCGUUAGCAGCUCUCCACAACUUAACUCACGCUCAGUUAGCAAACCUCAUGUCUCACCCGAGCCAGCUUCCACCCUCCUGCUGUACAAUGACAGCAGAAGAAGGGGAACCUCCGAGGCCUUCCUCAGUCGGAGUGUCGUCCGGGUGGAGUCCUUCGAGGACCGCUCCCGUGUCCCCUUUGCAGCCCUUCUUAUGACCAAGCCACGCUCCAUCUCUGUCCCCAACACAGAUACCUCAGAUUAUGAGAAUGUUCCUCCCAUCAGCUCAGACUAUGAGAACGUUCAGGUGCCACAGCGGAGGCCUGUGCCUCAGCCACAGUUUACAGACUUCUUCAGUUGUCCCAGUCGAGUUGUGUCUUCUGCCAAUGAGACGGACGGUUAUGUGGACAUGAGCAGCCUCCCUGGGUUUGAGAAGAAAACUCAGUUAACCGAUGAAACAGAAAGUGCCUACACAGAAGCCUACAARGUGUGUACUGUAGCUGCUGGUCCACAAAUGGGUUUUGUAGCCAAGACGCUGUGUGAGGAAGACCAAGGACGCACUUCGGAGGARGAAGAAGGAACAGACAUUAACUAUGACAGACAGCCCGACGGUCGAUCCAGAGCCUUUUACAUUGUGAAAGAGCUGCUGGAUACGGAGAGAUUACAUGUGAAGGGUCUCAAACUGCUGCAGAAAGACUUCAGGGAAGCGGUGGGGGCUGCGACCGGGGAUGACGGGCAGCCUGUGUUGGACGACGAGAGGCUCAGGGAGAUUCUGAAUGAGCUGCCUGAUAUUUACAGUCUGCACCGCAAAAUCCUUACAGAGCUGGAGAGUCGAGUCCGACACUGGGAGGACGGUCAAAGAAUUGCUGACAUCUUCCUAACGAGGAAAGCAGAGUUCCUGGUCUUCACCACCUACAUCGGCCACUACGAUCGAAGCAUAAGUUUACUGGAGGACAGCUGCAGAACGUCACCUGCCUUUGCAGCCAUUGUUCAAAAGUUUGAGGAGAAAAGCCCAGGUGGGGACAGAGUUACUUUCAAGCAGCAGCUCCUGCAUGUCAUCGUGCGUGUGGCUCAUUAUCGCAUGAUUCUCACCGAUUAUCUGAACAAUCUCUCUCCUGAUUCCAAGGAGUAUGAAGACACCCAAGCUGCUGUAGCCGUCGUGGCCGACAUCGCAGAUCAGGUCAAUGACAGUUUGAAACAUGGGGAGAACCUGUUGCGUCUGAUCAACAUAGCGUACAGCGUUCGUGGCCAGCGCGACCUGCUUCAUCCCGGCAGGGUUUUUGUGAAAGAGGGCACCCUGAUGAAGGUCAGCAGGAAGAGUCGCCAGCCCCGYCAUUUGUUUUUGAUGAACGAUGUGCUGCUCUACACCUACCCUCAGCAGGACGGGAAAUACAGACUGAAGAACACUUUACCUCUGACAGGGUUAAAGGUCAGUAAACCCAAUAUACAAAAUGUCCAAUAUGCUCUCAAAAUAGAAGGGACAGACAUYGCCAUCAUUUUGUCUGCCAGUUCCUUCCUUGAAAGAGAGGACUGGUUUUACACCCUGAACCKCACCGUGACCGAACACACAAGAGGCCCUGCGGCUCCCAGCAGCUGCUCAGGAGAGGCCAGAGAUCGUCUCGGGCUGUCCCUGGGAGAAAAAGCUCCCACACUUGUUCCCGUCUCACAAGUCAUGAUGUGCAUGAACUGCACUGCAGAUUUCAGCCUGACGCUCCGCAGACACCACUGCCACAGCUGCGGACGAAUUGUUUGUCGAAGCUGCUCCAGGAACAGAUACCCCCUGAAGUACAUGAAAGACCGCAUGGCCAAAGUGUGUGAUCACUGUUACAGUGAGCUAAAAAAGAGAGGAGGAGAUGUAUCUGUGCUCUCAGGAAACAGCAGUCCUCGGGUGACCCGCUCCAGCCGUCCGCUCUCGACUGUGUUUCAAAACAUUCAUCCUCCCAAUAUUUGGCGACAUCGCAAAGGCACAGCGUCCUUCACUCAGGUGACCGUGUCGGAGGAGGGCUCCAUCAGCGGCACGCUACAGCGAAGCAAGAAGAGCAAAAAGAACUGGAAGAGGCURUGGUUCCUUCUAAAAGACAAGGUGCUUUACACCUACCGAGCCCAAGAGGAGAAAGUAGCAUCAGAAAGUUUGCCUCUUCUGGGUUUCACAGUGAAACUGUCUGAUAAGCAGGGGGCUGACGAGGCGGACAAYGUCUUUCAGCUUUACCAUCAAAACACUUUGUAUUACUCUUUUAAAGCUGAGGAUAACUUCACGGCCCAGAGGUGGGUAAAUGCRAUGGAGGAAGCCACAAACUUAUAGGAUCAACUUUCGCGCCGCCCUUAACCUCCUCUACAAACUCCUGCCUCGACUGACAGAGUCACCAAACUGGAUAGACAGGAAACAACCUCUCUUCUUUGAUGUCUGCAUGCUGUAACCUGCCCAGCCCGGCUGAAGAGACAAAGACAUCGUGUUCUUUGAAAGAGGACACUGUCUCCUACUUUGUCGACCUCCACUGUCUCCUCCCCGCUGCUGCAGCAGGUGCAAUGCUGAGAUGUUGGCCCAGAUAGCUACCGGUGGGGAGCGUUACUUCAAUGUGACCCAUAAUUCACUUAGUGGCUCAUCAGCAACAUUCCUCUAAGUUGAAUGGAAAAAUACUUGAUCACUAUCACAUCUUAAAAAAAGACAUGCUUUAUAAUUUAAAAUGUAUCUGAUUAAGAGUAAUUUAUUAAGAAAUGAGCAAAAAUAUACUAGCGACAUAUUUAGUUUGAAUACAUUUAAUGCCUUAAUUUCAAUCAUAUCCAUAAUGAAUACUUGGAAACAGACUGAGCAGGUCUUUUCUUUACAUAUGUAGCUUUUGUCCCUUUCCCCCCACUUUUUGCACAAAAAAGAGCAUGAAUUGAUGUACAUCACAAAGAUAAAUAAAUAAAUAAAAUAAAAUAAAAAUAAAAAUAAAAAAGCUCAGCUACCGCACUUAAUUUGACUUUCUGCUGAUAAAACGUUGUAACCAGUCAGGUCAUGAGUGUAAAGAGUCUUUAUGUCUGUACAGCAAUGUCGGCAGGUGGAACAGAAAUAUUAGAGACUAUGAACUUUGUACUGAACUGAACGAUUUAUGAGAUUUAUCUACAACAUGUAAUUUUAAAACAGUAAAAAAAAAACAUGGUGAAAUUUA